CUAGCAGGAACCUACAUGGAAAGUCUACUUGUGGUAUGGCCACAAAAUGAGGACGUUUUAACUAGGAAAUAAAUACCCAUUAAAAAAUUCGCCACUGCGUAUAGCUCAAAACACCAUGUCUUCUCGUUCUGCCCCCCUCCUCAUCCCAGUCAGACCUGAUCUUUUAAUCACUUCUAACCUUCAGAUAAAACCUUUUGCUGGUGUUUGGUCUCGUGGGAGUAUGGUCAAACGACAUGACUUUGAUUUCAAAGCCAAAUGCGGUCGAAUAUCCAAGCCUCGUACUCAGGCUGUGAUAAAGUGCCUCGGGAUUAAUCUAGAGGAUGGCGUGGAUGGGGGAGCUAGAAAGGUUUGCACGAGGAAUGAGAUAGGGGAUCGUGUGUUAUCCAUCAAAUCAACAUUGGGAAGUAUGAAUGAUGGAGAAAUAAGCAUUUCGGCAUAUGAUACGGCUUGGGUUGGUCUAGUACAAGAUAUAAAUGGGAGUGAUCGUCCUCAAUUUCCGAGUACCCUCCAAUGGAUUGCUAACAAUCAGCUACCAGAUGGUUCUUGGGGAGAUCAUCAAAUCUUUUUGGCUCAUGACCGGUUGCUUAACACUUUAGCUUGUGUGAUAGCAUUAAAAUCAUGGAAUAUUCAUCCUCAAAAAUGCCAAAAAGGGAUGAAAUUUUUCAAGGAAAAUUUAAGUAAGCUCAAAACCGAGAACGCUGAGCACAUGCCUGGGGGUUUUGAAGUUGCUUUCCCAUCUCUACUAGAAAUGGCUCGAAAAAUAAACCUUCAAGUUCCUGAUCAAGAUUCUCCUAUCUUGCAAGACAUUUAUGCCAGAAGACAUAUAAAGCUCUCCAGGAUACCGCGGGACAUAAUGCAACAAGUGCCAACAACGCUACUCUAUAGCUUGGAAGGAAUGCCAGAUUUGGACUGGGAAAAGCUUCUCAAAUUACAGUUGCUAGAUGGGUCUUUCUUGUUCUCUCCAUCCUCCACUGCUUUUGCACUUAAUGAGACCAAAGAUCAAAAUUGCUUGAAAUAUUUAACUAGUGUGGUUCAGAGGUUCAAUGGCGGAGUCCCAAACGUGUACCCGGUUGACUUGUUCGAACGCAUUUGGGCUGUGGACCGGUUACAACGCUUAGGAAUAUGUAGAAUCUUUGAGCCAGAGAUUAAGGAAUGCAUGGAUUAUGUAUACAGAUACUGGACCGAUAAGGGAAUUUGCUGGGCAAGAAAUACAAAAAUAGAGGAUAUAGAUGAUACAGCCAUGGGAUUUCGGCUAUUAAGAUUGCAUGGCUAUAAAGUUUCUGCAGAUGUGUUUGGGCAUUUUAAGAAAGGUGGAGAAUUUUUCGUCUUUCCCGGACAGUCAAUGGAGGCGGUGACCGGAAUGUUUAAUCUGUACAGAGCUUCUCAGGUGAUAUUCCCAGGAGAGAAGAUCCUUGAGGAUGCCAAAGACUUCUCGUCCAAAUUCCUAAGACAAAAACGAGCCUCUAAUGAGUUGCUGGAUAAGUGGAUCAUAACCAAGGAUUUGCCAGGCGAGGUGGGGUACGCGCUAGAGGUUCCAUGGUAUGCAAGCUUGCCUCGAGUGGAGAGUAGAUUCUACAUUGAACAGUACGGUGGCGAAAAUGACGUUUGGAUUGGCAAGACUCUCUACAGGAUGCCAUACGUGAACAACAAUGAAUACCUGGAGCUUGCGAAGUUGGACUACAACAAUUGUCAAGCAUUGCAUCGGAUGGAAUGGGACAAAACGCAGAAGUGGUACAGAGAAUGUGAACUCGAGGAAUAUGGAUUAAGCAGAAGAAUGCUGUUGUUGGCUUACUUUCUGGCAACAUGCAGUAUUUUUGAAGAAGAAAGGGCAAAUGAGCGAUUUGCAUGGGCCAAAACCACUGCCUUAAUUCAUACUAUUGAAUCUCAUUUCCGUAAGGACGAAAGUAGUUGUCUGAAGCAGAGGACUGACUUUGUAUAUGAAUUCAGAACUAGAGCCAAUAAUAUGAGGUUGAAUACAAAAAACAAAGGACAUGGUCUUGUAGAGGUGUUGCUGAGAACCUUGAACCACCUUUCACGGGACACACACGGUUCAGACAUUAGUGACCAUCUACUUCAAGCUUGGGAGAAGUUUCUGGUAAAGUGGCAAGAGGAAGGAGAUAUCCACCAUGGAGAAGCAGAGCUUUUGGUUCGAACAAUAAAUCUCAGCGCAGACCCUACAAUGAUGGAGUUUCAACUUUCAUCAAUGAAUCCUCAGUACCAGCGACUCUUUAACAUCACCAAUAGAAUCUGCUGUGAACUUUGUAAUUAUCAAGACAAAGAGCACCAGAUGUAUGAAAAUGGAAGCUAUAACAUAAAAACUGAGGGCAUCACAACACCACAAAUAGAAUCAGGCAUGCAAGAGCUAGUGGAGUUGGUGCUUCAAGACUCCUCCUUGGAUGGAAUAAAUUCAAAAGUGAAGCAAACAUUUCUGACAGUGGCCAAGACUUUUUAUUAUGUUGCCUACUUUGAUGUUGAGACCAUUAGCUACCACAUUGGCAAGGUACUCUUUCAUAGGGUAGGCUGAUUAGUUAUCUCUCUUCGAACUAAUAAAUUUGUUUUUUAUUGUUUUUCUUUUUUAUGUUUUAAUAAAUCAUGUGAACUGUAACAUAAUUCCCUAGAAAAACUAAUUGUAUUACUUUAAGGAAACUGAUUUGGUAAAUAAGUUAAUUA